AGAAUGGAGAGAGAAAACUGCUCCUCUUUGACUGAAUUCAUUUUCUUGGGAAUUACUAAUAACCCUGGGAUGAAAGUGACCCUAUUUGCCAUGCUUCUAGUUAUUUAUCUCACUAAUCUUCUGGCAAAUCUUGGGAUGAUCAUUUUAAUUAGAAUGAAUUCCCAGCUGCACACAGCAAUGUACUUCUUCCUCAGCCACCUCUCUCUCUGUGACCUCUGCUAUUCCUCAGCAAUUGGACCCAAGAUGCUGGUGGACCUUUUAGGCAAAAACAAAUCAAUCCCCUUCUAUGGCUGUGCUCUGCAAUUCUUCGUCUCCUAUACCUUUGCAGAUUCUGAGUGUCUACUGCUGGCAGUGAUGGCCUUUGAUCGGUACAAGGCCAUUAGCAACCCCUUGCUUUACAGAGUCAACAUGUCCAGCAGAGUGUGCCUCCUGCUCAUGGCUGGAGUUUAUCUGGUGGGAAUGGCAGAUGCUUUGAUACACAUGACAUUAACAUUCCGCUUAUGUUUCUGUGGGUCAAAUGAGAUUAACCAUUUCUUCUGUGAUAUCCCUCCUCUCCUAUUGCUCUCAUGCUCAGAUACAGAGGUCAAUGAGUUAGCAAUAUUCACUAUUUUUGGCUUCAUUGAACUAAGUGCCAUUUCAGGAGUUCUUGUCUCUUAUUGUUAUAUCAUCCUGGCAGUGAUAAAGAUUCACUCUGCUGAGGGCAGGUUCAAAGCUUUCUCCACCUGCACGUCCCACUUAACUGCUGUGGUCAUUUUCCAGGGAACUAUUCUCUUCAUGUAUUUCAGGCCGAGUUCUUCCUACUCCCUAGAUCAAGACAAAAUGACCUCACUGUUUUACACUCUUGUGAUUCCCAUGUUAAACCCUCUGAUUUAUAGCCUACGGAACAAGGAUGUGAAAGAGGCCCUAGAAAAAUUGAAAAGUAAAGGAUGGUUUUAA